AGAAGUAAAAUGUCCGUACAGGUGCCUGUACUCCGUUGUACAGCAGUAGUAGAGGCGUACAGUACUAAUAACGAGGUUGUAAAAAAAGAUUCUUAUAAACAGGCAAUGCUGUCUUUAAACCGAAAUGAGUUUAGCGAGAUAGUUCUCUGCGUAUCAGUUCUGGAGAAAAAUAUUGAAAAAAAUAGGAAUAUUGUUCUCCGGCAUUCCGAUCUAGAAAUACACAGAAGAUUUAUCAAGGAAGGAAAGGUUUCCAUUAGUUUUAAGGAGAGUAGAACUAAGCUUCUUCUAUCGAAUGCUCCUCCCAAUGAGUUGGUCAUAUUCGUCAAGACAAUGGCGGCCAAGGUGGCCGGGCUCAAGAAUAAAGCUAAAGUCUCCAUCCGGUCAAAGCUGAUUUCAGAGAAGGGGAACUCAGUAGAAGGUAUCAGCCCUGUGACCGCUAAGGAUAUGCGUAACCUCCAGCUAGCCGAGGCUGGUGGGAAUGGCCUCCUAAAGUCCCGAGGUUAUACGCCAAAAACCGCCUCUCCGCUUACCGGCGGGAAGAUGAUCAAGAGAAAACGGUUGGAUGAGAAGGAGAACGGCGGUAGUCCAAUGUUGGGUAAAAGCGGUGGGUUGGUGAGGGGAACGGAUGGACCGACACCGAAGCGACAAAUGACGUUUGCGAGAAGAACUCUACGGGAAGACCAAUCUAGGGUUAUGACCUCAGAGCAGAAGUAUGUGGUGGAGAUGGUCAAGGGAGGCAAAAAUAUUUUCUUUACUGGUGGUGCAGGAACUGGGAAGAGUUUUCUUAUUAACAAAAUUAUAGGUGUACUGCCUCCAGAGCAUACGUACAUCACUGCCAGUACAGGUGUAGCAGCGUUUCAAAUUGGUGGAACUACACUCCAUACCUUUGCUGGUAUAGGUAGUGGGUCUGCUGGAGUAGCUAAAUGCAUAGAAUUAGCACAGCGUAAAAGUAUCAGCGCCCAGUGGAGGAAAUGUAAACAUUUAAUUAUCGACGAGAUAUCUAUGGUUGACGGAAACUUCUUCAAAAAACUGGAGAUGGUCGCUAAAGCUGUCAGAGGAAAUGAUAAACCGUUUGGUGGAAUCCAGCUGAUUCUAACUGGAGACUUCCUGCAGCUGCCUCCUGUUGUAAAAGGCGACGAGGAAAGACGAUUUGCGUUUGAAACCAGUGCAUGGCAAAGAUGCGUACAGAUAAAUGUAGAGCUUACGCAAGUAAAGCGUCAGUCAGAUCAGAAUCUAGUGACAAUACUGAAUAAGUUGAGAUUGGGUGAAUGUGGAGAUAGAGAGACGAGUAUAUUGAAAGGUACGAAGACGAAUGAUCUAGCAAAGAACGGAAUAGUUCCAACCAAACUCUGUACUCAUACAGAUGAUGUCAACUCAAUCAAUACCAAGGAGUUAAACCUAUGUGGAGGAGAGGAGAAGAUAUACCGAGCCCUGGAUUCAGAUUCAGGAAUGACCUCAUUCAUUAACAAUUCUACUCCAGUAGAUCAGGUUUUGAGAUUAAGAGUUGGUGCUCAGGUUAUGCUUAUGAAGAAUUUAAAUGUACUGCAGGGUUUAGUGAAUGGAGCCCGGGGAGCUGUUGAGAGGUUUAGCUCUGAAGGAAACCCCGUUGUCAGGUUUAUCGGAGGGAAAACGGAAGAAAUUAAAACCGAAAAAUGGCAGGUAAAGAAUGGUGUUGGUGGAUUACUGAGUAGGACUCAGUUACCUCUUAGGUUGGCCUGGGCAUUCUCUAUUCAUAAAUCUCAAGGGAUGACACUAGAUUGUGUAGAGGUAUCUCUAUCCCGCGUAUUUGAGUGUGGCCAAGCUUAUGUUGCAUUAAGUCGAGCCAAGAGCCUGGAAUCUCUGCGUAUACUUGACUUUAAACCUGGGUGCGUCAGAGCUGAUACAAAGGUUUUGAAGUUCUAUCGGAAUCUGAAGUGUAGCAAACCAAUUCUUCAACAAUCAAUGAAUCAGUACAUGGACAGCUGAUAAAUACCCCAGUUAUGAAUAGUACCAGUUUAUUUUGAAUAUGAGAAUAGGUUAUCAAUUAGUGGAAAAUGAACUAAACAUUUUUCUCUAAUUCAUAUUUUCUAAUCCGAAUAUCUUUGCAACCUAAUGAUGUAAAACUUUGAUAUUUCAAGUUACCUAAUCAUGUCAUAAUUCCUAGUUUGAAAUACCAAAAUACCAGGACUAAAUUCAAUUGGAGAGGUCGCUGAACUUUAUACCGCCGGUUCAAAUUGUGAUUCACCUAUUUAAAUCCUCAUGAAUCUAUAACUUUGAAUCGGUGGAUUUAGUUUCACACUGAGCUGGAAAGAAUUUAAGUUUUAUGAAUUAUCCCAAUGGUUCUGUCAAUUGGAUCUGGUUAGUAAGGCCAACAGAUGACUCAGGAGUGUUGUCAUUAAAUCAGAAAAUACGCCAUUUUUAGAAAAGUUGAUUAAUUGAUUGAAAUCCAGUUUUCUGAGUUUUUCUUUCUCAAA